AUGCUAAAAUACUUGACACUAAUCUUAGCAGUGAUUGCCGUUCUAGGGAAAGCCGACGAAUUUAAAUUCGAUCCGUAUAUAGAUAUACCCUUUAAAACAGUGAAAACUUCGGCAGAACGCAUUGAAUCGCAUGGCUACCCAGCUGAAACACAUUCCGUAGAAACUCCUGAUGGCUAUGUGUUGAAUCUGUUUCGCAUACCCUACUCCUCCAAGCUGAACAAUGGUGAUUCGCAUCGUCCGGUGGUGUUCAUCAUGCACGGAUUGUUCAGUUGCUCGGAUUGUUUCCUGCUCAAUGGGCCGGACAAUGCUCUGGCCUACAACUAUGCCGAUGCCGGCUUUGAUGUUUGGCUAGGAAAUGCCCGCGGCAAUCUCUAUUCUCGGAAUAACACGAAAAUUAAUAUAAAACAUCCAUAUUUCUGGAGAUUCAGUUGGCAUGAAAUUGGCGCCAUCGAUCUGCCCACAAUGAUUGAUUAUAUACUGAAUAUCACCGAUGAGAAAUCCCUCCAUUAUGUGGGUCACUCCCAAGGCUGCACCUCAUUCUUUGUCAUGGGCUCCUAUCGUCCGGAAUAUAAUGAGAAAAUUAAAACCGCUCAUUUGUUGGCUCCUCCAGUAUUCAUGGGCAAUACCACCGAAGAACUAAUUGUGGGCACUGCCUCCGUUUUCGGUACUCCUGGUCUGGGCUCAUCUCUGCUCCAAAAUCAGGUUCUCUUGCCCCAGAAUCAGUUCAUUCAACGAUUACUCGACACCACAUGCAGUAAGCAACCGAUCAUGUUGAGCUAUUGCAAAACUUUGGGCAUACUUUGGAAUGGACCCGAUAUCGGUAAUCUCAAUCAGACGCUUCUUCCUCAAAUAGCAGAGACCCAUCCAGCUGGAGUAUCUUCCAAUCAGGCAAUACAUUAUAUACAAUCGUAUGUGUCAAACGAUUUCCGUUUAUACGAUUGGGGUACCAAAAAGAAUUUGGAAUAUUAUAAUGCCGAAGUGCCGCCAUCGUAUGACUUGACAAAAAUCACAAGUGAAGUUUAUUUGUAUUAUGGACUAUCCGAUGGUUCGGCUAACAAAAUGGAUAUAUCACGUCUGCCGGAACUAUUGCCAAAUUUGGCAUUAUUGCACGAGGUUCCCGAUCCCACAUGGGGGCACUUGGACUUUUUGUUUGCCGUGCAGGUGAAGCAGGUUAUCAAUGAUUUGGUGGUGGACUAUAGCAUGGCCUACGAGGCGGAUAGAAAUAAAAAGUAAUAAUGAUUAA